GGUUGUCCUAGCGACGGCGGUGGCGUCCCAAGAUGGCGUCGUGGCUGCCGGAGACACUGUUUGAAAUUGUAGGACAAGGCCCGGCGCCGAGCAAAGACUAUUACCAGUUGUUGAUCACCCGGUCUCAGAUCAUCUUUAGAUGGUGGAAGAUUUCUCUGAGAAGUGAGUUUCGGUCAGCAAAACCUGGAGAGACAAAGGAAACCCAUGAAGAUUUCUUAGAGAAUUCUCAUCUUCAAGUACAAGUUGCCUUAAUAUUUGGUGCAAGAAUAUUAGACUAUGUCUUCAACCUGUGUGAAGGUAAAUUUGACUACCUGGAGCGGCUCUCAGACAAACUGCUGAUAAAGAUCAUCUGCUACCUGGACCUUGAAGAUAUUGCUAGGCUUGCUCAGACAUCAAGCAGGUUUGCAAAGUUGUGCAAGUCUGACUCACUGUGGGAGCAGAUAGUUCAGUCUGCCUGUGACACCAUCACCCCUGACAUGCGGGCCCUGGCAAAGGACGUGGGCUGGAGACAGGUGUUCUUCACCAACAAGAUUCAGCUCCAGAGGCAGAUUCGCAAGAAGAAAAAACAGGGAAAGCUGGAGAAGCAGCAUGCUUAGAGAUGGUGCUUCUCUUCAGAUCUACAUUUCCUUCUCUUUUAUCAACAAUUGUUGCCAAUUCCAGGAAUCACUUGAAAAAAAUCACAUUUUGUACACACACACACACACACACACACGCACACACGCAAAUCCACCCAGUGCCUUGCUUGAGCUAACCACCCGUCCUUCUCAGGCCAACCCGUGGCCAAGUACCUAGGGCUACAAGACAGGAAGCCCCUCAGGCCACUACCUUCCAGAUCUCCUAUUGCCCUUGGGGGAAGAGGCACGAGUUGUGUAUGAACUAACAAUAAAGAGUUAUUAGCAGGCUUGUGUUUUUGUUUGUAUCAGUCAGGGAUCCCAAGCUAGACCUUUAGGAUGACUUUGAACUUCUGAUCCUCUGGCCUCCACUUCUCCACUGCUGGGAUUACAGGCAUUUGACACCAUGCCCUUCAUGAGGUGCUUACCUGUGUGCCAGGGAUUCUCUGUAACAGCCCUAGCUGUCCUGGACCAUUGCCCGACAAAAUGUUUCAUUCUUAAAUACAGGAAGAGUAGUUCUUCAGUAGUUCUGUACAAAACAAUUGAUGCCUGCCUGUAAUCCCAGCACUCUUAGAAGUUAAAAAAAAAAAAAAA